AUGAUUCUACUUAAUCAGAUCUAUCUAUCUAUCUAUCUAUCUAUCUAUCUAUCAAUCUAUCUAUCUAUCUAUCUAUCUAUCUAUUGCCCUAAGUCUAUCUACCUAUUUAACUAUAUUAGCCUGUCCAUAUCUAUCUAUCUAUCUAUCUAUCUAUCUAUCUAUGCAAUAUCUAUCUAUCUAUCUAUCUAUCUAUCUAUCUAUCUAUCUAUCUAUCUAUCUCAUUCUCUUUAUACAUAUAUAUAUAUAUAUAUAUAUAUAUGUAUCUAUCUAUAUCUAUUUCACUGUUCACAUCUAUCUAUCUAUCUAUCUAUUUUACUGUUCACAUCUAUCUAUCUAUUUCACUGUUCACUUCUAUCUAUCUAUCUAUCUAUCUAUUUCACUGUUCACAUUAUCUAUCUAUCUAUCUAUCUAUUUCACUAUUCACAUCUAUUUCACUGUUCACAUUAUCUAUCUAUCUAUCUAUCUAUCUAUUUCACUGUUCACAUUAUCUAUCUAUCUAUCUAUCUAUCUAUCUAUCUAUUUCACUGUUCACAUCUAUUUCACUGUUCACAUUAUCUAUCUAUCUAUCUAUCUAUCUAUUUCACUGUUCACAUUAUCUAUCUAUCUAUCUAUCUAUCUAUUUCACUAUUCACAUCUAUUUCACUGUUCACAUUAUCUAUCUAUCUAUCUAUCUAUUUCACUGUUCACAUCUAUCUAUCUAUCUAUCUAUCUAUUUCACUGUUCACAUCUAUCUAUCUAUCUAUCUAUUUCACUGUUCACAUUAUCUAUCUAUCUAUCUAUCUAUCUAUCUAUCUAUCUAUUUAUUUCACUAUUCACACCUGUCUCUUUCACUUUUCACAUCUAUCUAUCUAUCUAUCUAUUUUACUGUUCACAUCUAUCUAUCUAUUUCACUGUUCACUUCUAUCUAUCUAUUUCACUGUUCACUUCUAUCUAUCUAUCUAUCUAUCUAUCUAUCUAUCUAUCUAUCUAUCUAUCUAUCUGCAUCUGUUUCUUACAUGUCAGUUUGUUUAUCUACCUAUCUAUUUCCCAUUUCACACCCAUCUAUCUAUCAUGGCUGUCCACUUGUAA